AUGAAAAAGUCAGAGUAAUCCGCACUUAUGGAUAAGGAAUCUAUGGAGAUAUCUGGUCAAGAUGGUGCAGAUUGUGAGGACAGUUUCGACUCCUUACCCAUGGAAUAUUCAUUUACAAUUAGCUCGAAAAAGAAUAUAUCUCUCUUUGAUGAUACAACCUCUUUGGAAGAAGUGGAAUUUACCCAGAGGGAUUUUCCAUUAUCAAAAACUGAAGAUAAAGAAUUCAGACCUACUCUAAUUAGAUGUCCCACUGCCCCGUUACCUGCUUCAAUGCCCACAGACUCCUCAAUUCAUCCAUCAGUGCUGCCAAUAUGCAAGACUUCGGAUCACGGAUGCAAAAUGGUCAGCAUUCAUACUGUCGCCCAACUUGUACGUGGAGAGUAUGAAAUGUCGGGCAUUGUUUAUCAUCUCGUAGACUGCCGAUAUCCCUAUGAAUACGAAUCCGGUCACAUAAGGACUGCUCUCAAUAUUUACAUCUGUAGCAAUCUUUUGGAAGUAAUUUUUACAGUUGUUCCUGUAAUAUCGCCUUAUGAUAAAGCAAGUUUCCUGGAUCUAGGUCCACAUGUUCAAGCACUCCUAAAGGGGGAAAAUAAAUGCGAUAAUAAGCGACAAGAGAUUUCCCUAGUUUCAAGUAACUUGUCCGCUCAAGUAAUCAUCUUCUACUGUGAGUUCUCUUCUCAACGAGGUCCCGAAUCUGGCCUAUUUCUUCGAAAUGUUGACCGAUAUCUCAAUUGUUCCCGCUAUCCUUUUCUCUUCUACCCCCAUGUCUACGUAAUGAUGGAUGGAUACGAAGCCUUCUACAGAGAAUAUCCAGAAUUAUGCAAACCUCGAGGCUACCAGAAAAUGUUUCAUCUUGAAGUUGCCGACCACCUCUUCUAUUACUCUAAGUUAACCGCCGAAGUAUCCAGAGUGUGUACAGCAUGCCUCAACAACUUGGAAUUGUACGAAUUUAAGUUGUCUCCUUCAGUGGAGGAAGAGGAGGAGGUGAAGGAGGAAGAAACCAAACCGGAAUUGAGACCAGUGAAAAGCGCACCCCCUGAACUGUAUAAGAAAAGCACUGAGUAUAUUAUAGAACAAUCCUCUGAAAACAAUGUCAUAAUAAAGCAGUGUCUUCAACUUUUAGAACGCAUUAUUCGAAUGGGUAGACUUGCAGUUGAAGAUUUUGAGAAACGGAACGGACACAUUUUGCUGCACUCUGAAGCCUCGCCGAUGGGAUCCGUUCGAAAACGAGCAAUGCGCACGUCGAGCAUUUCAAUGGAAAGUGAUACCAAUGACUUUGACAAGGAGAAUCGACCAAUAGGAUUGUUGAGUUUCUCCGGUGCUGGAGAGGAAACACCUUUUAAUUCCCGAAAUGAAUCUGUGGAAUAA